AUGUCGAGCUCGAGUGGGUCUUCUCCGCCGCCAUCAUCCGGCGGACCCGCCAAAGCGUCCACACGACAUGCAGCGAAUGGGACCAUGUUCUCGUCGCUGCAGAAGCGCUUCCCGCGCACAGCCUUUGUGGCGCACAAGAUCGCUUCCUCCCGCACCGGUCGCACCACCGCCAAGGCAUGGUCCUACCGUCGAUCGCUCCUCUUUGGCUUCUUCGCAACCUACACCGCCAUCGGCUACCUCAAGCUCAGGCGCGACGCCUACCUCCGAGACCUGAUCCACGACGACACCUACCUGGUCUGGAAGAUCUACGACGGCUCCAUCGUCGAGUCAAAGGGGCCACCAUCCGUCAGCGCGCUCAUCAAUGCGCCUGCAGCAGGCGAGGAGGCACCGCGCGUCAUGGAGAUGUUCGAGGUCAUCCGUGCACUCAAGUGGGCGCAGGCGGAUCAGCGCAUCAAGGGCAUCUUUGCCGACUUUAGCGGCCUCCACCUUCCCUCGUCCGUCACGCCGAAUCGGCUCGGACUCGCGCAGAUCGAAGAGCUCAUGCAGGCGGUCCACGAGUUCAAGAUCGCCAAGAAGGAGCAGUUCGGCGACAAGGCAAAGCCAUCCAUCGCCUGGGCGGAUACCUUCAACAGCCAGGGUCAGUAUCUCUUGGCGUCGGCAUUUGACGAGCUCUGGAUUCAGCCUACCGGCUCAGUCCCACUUACGGGUCUUGGUGCGCAGAUCCCUUUCUUCAAGAAGGUGCUCGACUACUUUGGCAUCAAGGUGCUUGCGGAAGCAAGACGCGAGUACAAGUCCAUGGUCUCCACCUUCAGCCGCGAGGAGUCGCUUCCAGCGCCUCAGAUCCAGAACGAAGCCGAGCUACUCGGUGAGCUCAACCGUGGUCUCGUCCAUGCCGUCGCUGUCAACCGAUUCCCCGACGAGGAUCCGGAUGCCAUGUCCGGCAAGCUCGAGGCGUGGAUGAAGGAAGGUCCCUUCUCGGCACGCGAGGCAAAGGAGCUCGGUCUGAUCAACGGCACGGCCUUCAAGAGAGAGAUCGUCAAGCGCCUCAUCGAUCCAAAGCACGGCGGCAACGAAGAGGUCAAGUUCAAGUCACUCCACCACUACAACAAGGUCAACGACCGAACGCUCGAGCGCCAGCUCAAGGACGACGAAAUCGUCGAGGUGGGCGUGGUCUACCUGCUCGGAGGCAUCAGCUCUGCACCUGGCGAGUUCUCGACAUCGUCCGUGCUCAAGGGUCUCAAAGAGGCAGCCGAGCACGAGGACAUCAAGUCAAUCGUUCUGCGCAUCGACUCGGGAGGUGGAGACGUUGUGGCGAGCGAGUCGAUCUGGGAUGCGGUCCGCCGCGUGCGCGAAGACUACGGCAAGCCCGUCGUGGCGUCGUUCGGUAACGCUGCUGCCUCGGGCGGCUACUAUGCAGCCAGUGCCGCUGAUGCCAUUCUGGCGUGCGAGAACACGGUGACGGGCUCCAUCGGCGUCGCAUCGCUGCGUCCCACCAUCACACGCGCCUUUUUCGAUCGCUUCAACGUGGGCAUCCAGUCGUUUUUCACCGGGUCCACGUCUAUGUCGACGCUGCACGAACUCGACGACGCACAGCGCGCCAAGUCGGCCAAGCACAUCGACGAGAUGUACAACGACUUCCUGCAGAAGGUCUGCGAUGGCCGCAGUAUCUCGCGCGACGUCGUCGAGAGCCUUGCCGGCGGACGAGUCAUGACGGGACUCAGCGCCUGGGCUCGCUGCAACCCAGAUGCCGAGGUGGAACAGGUUCAGGUGAACUCAACCGCCGGGUCUCAAGCUGCGACGCCUACUGCCGAGUCGGUCGUCGAGCUCAGACAAGAUGCCGAGGCGGUCAAGGCUGCUGCAGACACGGAGGGCGCUAGUGGCGAGGUGCAGGAGUCGGUCAAGUCGGCCAUCCGAAGGAUCAAGGCAGUCAGCCUCACCAGCCAGUGGAGGACGCAGGAGGUGAGCGCGAGCAGCGGCAACAAUACGAUCAUGAUCGAGCGAGUGGGUGCCACACCCGCCCCGACUCCAGUCGCGGAGGCGGCUGAUGGCCAAGCCGGCAGUGGCGAUGGGGACAGCAACGGUAUCUUGUCCGACCUGGUCGCCAAGGCGGAAGAAGCGCUUCUCGGCCGUGCCAGCGACAUGUCCGCGACUACAUCCGAUGCGGCUUCCAAGCCACUAACCGGUACGGAAAAGCUCAAGAAGCGCAUGGAGGAGGAGGAAUCGCGACUGGCGGUGGCGGCUCACUCGGCUGCCGAGCAAUCGCGCAAAUCGCAGUCCGAGGCUGACGACGAAAUCAAGACUGCCGGCGUCGCAGCUUCUGAAGCCUCCGCGGCCGAUACCGCGGCCAAGCCGUACGGUAAGGGGCUUGUCGACUCGAUUGGCGGUAUCUGGGAUUCAGCAUACUACGCCAUGACACUCGCUCUCCAGGCCGAGAUCGAAGCCAUGGUGACCAAGGACAACCUCACGCUCGAGCAAGCCACCGCCAAGAUCCGUCCGAGUGCCAGCCGCGAAGUGACCGAGGACGGGACGCUUGCGCUCGCCACCGACCUGCGUCUGGUGCGCUUCCCCGAAGACAAGCCGUUCUGGAAAAAGGUGCAGGAGGUCAAUGCCAAGGGUGACCAGCCGCAGCUCUCGCUUCUGCCCCGAGCCGUGACCAACACGGUGGCACUUAUGCUUGAGGAGGCGGGGCAAAAGGCGGCGCGUGCAGCGGUCAGGAUGAUGAUCGCUACGGCUGCCGAUCCGAGUGGCAUCGCAGCCGCGUUUGACGACCCCCAGCUUGCGCAGAAGCUGCGCGCGAAUAACGGUCUCGGUGGUGGAAACACGCGUGGCAGAGCGCGUGCAGAGUAUCCCCUGGCAUCGCUGUUCAGCUAG